GGAGGUUGGGGAGGGUCUGCUUGUGAUCUCUCCGGGGAAAGCCUCUCCUUCCUCUUUUCCUCUCCUCUUCCCCUUUCACUACACGGAACCUAAAAUGCUAAGGUUCCGUGUCCCAAUUCUCAAACAAGUACCAUAAUAAUAUUAAAAAAAAAUCCUAGUAUUAUCCUUGUGUUGUGUGUUUCCCUUCCUUUUUUAAGGUAGUUUUUCUUGUUGUACGGUGUUUGUGUUUAGUUGGGUUUGGUUGAGUCAAUUCGUCGACACGAAAGAGAAGAGAAAAACUGGGUCUGAUUGUUGCUUCUGGAUUUCAUUUGGGUCUGGUUGGCGUUGCGUUAUAGCAUCUCUUUGCGAAAGUUUGAAUUUUUCUAUUUCAUCGUUGAGAACGACAAUGGCGAAUGGAGAAGAAAAAGGCAAUGACUUCUAUGCGGUUAUGGGAUUGGAUAAGGAGUGCACAGAAUCAGAGCUCAGAAAUGCUUAUAAGAAACUCGCAAUGAAAUGGCACCCUGAUCGUUGUUCAGCGUCGGGGAAUUCAAAGUUCGUGGAAGAAGCUAAGAAGAAAUUCCAGGCAAUUCAGCAAGCCUAUUCCGUUUUAUCUGAUGCGAAUAAGCGGUUCUUGUAUGACAUAGGAGUCUAUGACAGCGAUGACGACGACAUUGGGAUGGGAGAUUUCUUGAACGAAAUGGCAGCAAUGAUGAGCCAAACAAAACCAAAUGAAAAUGGGGAGGAGAGCUUUGAGGAGUUGCAACAACUGUUUGAAGAUAUGUUUCAAAGUGACAUUGGAUGUUCUGGAAGUGACUCCCACACUGCUGCUUCUUGUUCUGCAUCAUCUACGUACGUAACUUACUCUGAAACUUCCACUUCUAACAAACGCAAUUCCUCGGAGAUGAAUGUUGGGAAGAAUGCGGAUUCUCUUGACUUUGAAGCCACCUUCCAGGACUUCUGUCUAGGGACAGGUGGAUCGGCUACAAGACAUAAAGAAGGGAGGAGGAGAAGGAGGAGUACGAGGAACAGGUAGCAGUAAGCGAAGACAUGGUAGGAAACAAAAGGUUGCAUCUGGGCAUGAUGUUUCCUCCAAUGAGAUCUCCGGUAUUUCGGCAUAGUCACCACCUCGUUGGCCAUAUGCUUCUCACCAAUCUGGGGAUUUUGGAACGAUUCACUGAUAUUCUUAACCUGACUCUCUCAAAGCUGAACUGUGAUUGAUCUGUCUGGAACACAACAAUGACUACAUGUAAUACUGAUAUGAAGAGAGUUAUUAACAAUGUUGGGGCGUCAACAAAAUUGUCCAGUCUUGGAGAGAGGGUUGACUCGGUCUUUUUUAAUCAUUUUGCUUGCUGCCAUUUUAGAUUCAAGAUGGAACUUGGAAUCAAAUCAAAAUUUAAUUUAACGGCC